AUGACAUUCGUCUUUUCACGUAGCACGGGCGCUUCUUCCAUUCCCUCCUUCAACCAAAAUCAGUCGUCGAGAUCGCAAAACAUCAUCAGUCGUGCGUGGGACUCCAUUCCUCAAGCAGCAAAACAAUGCCUUCCCCGGAGUUUUAGCUGGGGAUUUGACAUAAAUCGGGAGAGGGAGGGGUUUAAGACAACGGCAGUCAAGAUUCUUAAACGUAUCUUCACGAUACCCAGUGCCAUCAUUUUGCUAUGGAUGUUCUCAAUUCGGUGGGGUGAACGGACGGUGUUUCAAGACAGCAUCAACCAAUGCCUCUGGGAUAGCUGGGAGGACUGGCCUCAAGGUGCCACACCACACCACAUUGCCUUUAUUGCCGACCCCCAACUUGUUGACCCCCAUACCUACCCCGGUCGACCAUGGCCUGUGUCGACUUUGACGGUCAAAUAUACCGACCAAUACAUGCGACGGUCAUUUUCUUUGAUACAAGACCAUCUCGAACCGGACUCAGUGCUGUUUCUUGGCGACCUUUUCGAUGGUGGCAGAGAAUGGGCCACGGCUACAAGUAGCAGCCCCGAACCACGGUGGAAGAAGUACAAAGACUCUUUUUGGAAGAAGGAAUUUGGGCGAUUCGUCAAAGUCUUCUUGGACCCAUGGGAGAAAUCUGUGAAACCCCUUGUCGAUGGACGAGGGCGCCGGAUGAUUGCUAGUCUACCCGGCAAUCAUGAUCUUGGGUUCGGUAACGGCAUCCAGCAACCCGUCCGUGAUCGCUUCGAGUCCUUUUUUGGAAAUCCAAACCGUGUGGAUGUCAUUGGGAAUCAUACUUUCGUUUCAGUGGACACCCCAUCGCUCAGCGCAGUGGACCAGCCUGAUCCAUUGACGGGUAGCUCUUCGACAGCCAGCGAUGAAAACCGUCCCAUGCGCCCGAUCUGGAAAGACGCAGAUGACUUCCUGGAUAAGAUGGCUAUCCACAAGGCGAAGGCGGAAACGGACGAGCUGCGAAUGCUACAAAACCAGACUGAAGGACAUCAUACAUUCGAUUAUCGCAUUGUCGACGCUGUCGAGCCCGUCAUUCAUCAAAAGCCUCAGCCCACAGGCCUUGGCUUUCCUACUAUUAUUCUUACACACGUCCCUCUCUACCGGAAGCCAGCUACCCCCUGUGGCCCCCUCCGCGAACGCUUCCCGCCUGCCUCAUUAGACGAGGAACUGGCGGAGGAUGAACCCAACUCUCUGAGAAUCGCUGGAGGCUAUCAGUACCAGAAUGUCCUAACGCAAAUCGUUUCCACCGAAUUGGUUUCCAAAGCAGGACCCAACGUCAUCCAGGUGUAUUCCGGCGACGACCAUGACUACUGUGAAGUAUCCCAUCGGGAAUUCAACGGCUCGCCCAACGAAAUCACAGUCAAAAGCUUUUCUUGGGCGAUGGGAGUCCGUCACCCAGGCUUCGUCCUCACCAGUCUGUGGAAUCCAAUCGACCCCAAGACAGGCAAAGCCAUUCAGGACGGAUCACCACCCACUAUACAAAACCACCUCUGUAUCCUCCCAGACCAGCUAGGAAUCUUUCUCUACUAUGUCACCAUCCUGGGCCUUACCAUCUCCAUUCUCCUCCUCCGUUCCAUCUACCGCGUCCUCUACACCCCAGAGCCAUCCCCGUCCGGCGCCCUUCUCCCUCUUACCGAGCGUCGCUCUCUCCCACACCACCAUUACCACACCUCCGGUGCGUCUAGCUCUACUCUCUUACCGGUGGGUGGGUUAGCUAGCCGCAAUGGCAUAGCAGCCUCGACCCGCUAUCCCGGCAUUAAAUCCCCGCAAGAUUCUUAUCGGGGUCCGGACGAAGAGUUCGGAGCCGUUGCCUCAAAGGAAAAGGCUACAUGGCGCCCCGCCUCGGCUACCCGCUCCCGAUCGACGGUGUCGCUCAUCGCUCGGGAUCUGUACCUUUCCAUCAAGUUUGUGGCACAAGUGGUGCUGACAGUGUAUUUUAUUGUGAUCUGGCGCUGGUAG